GCUCUUCCAUGCUUUUCCCCGAAAGAAGCCCUAAGGUCCCCUUCCCUCUUCCUUCUGAUUUUCUUCGUGGAUCUCUCCAUCUUCGCCCCCCUUCAUAACCCUACAAAUCUCACAGGUGUUUGGCUCUUUGCCCUCUCACACCGUAUCUCUUUCUAUCUCUCUAUCUCUCUCUCCCUCUGUCAAUUUAUCCGAAACCCUAAUUGUUCCGUGAUCAUUUUCUUCUUAUUCGUCCACCUGGUUUUCGUGAUAAUCUCUAGGUUCAAAUUUCUCUCUACAAGAAUAUAUAAUUCCACAGAUAUUAUGGCUACUGCUUUGGAUAUGUCACUUGAUGAUCUUAUAAAGAACAGAGGUUCCCGUGAGAGAGGUAGAGGACGAGGUAGGGCUCGCCGUGGCCGUGGACCAGGCAGGGCAUCUAAUGGAAGAAUGCCUGGUCCAGUUCGUAGAGGUCCUCUCGGAGUGAAUGCUCGGCCAUCAUCUAAUACAAUUGCCAAGUCUAUCCGCAGAACCAGGACUUUUCCAUGGCAGCAUGAUCUGUUUGAAGAGAGCCUUAGAGCUGCAGGAAUACCAGGGAUAGAAAUUGGCACAAAAUUGUAUGUUUCCAACUUGGAUUACGGAGUAACUAAUGAAGAUAUAAGGGAACUGUUCUGCGAGAUUGGAGACCUGAAACGAUAUGCGGUUCAUUAUGACAAAAGUGGUCGCCCAAGUGGCUCGGCUGAAGUUGUGUAUACCAGAAGAAGUGAUGCAUUUGCAGCUCUUAAGCGGUAUAAUAAUGUUCUCUUGGAUGGUAAACCCAUGAGGAUUGAAAUUGUAGGUGCAAAUCCAGAAAUGCCUGUUUCAGCUCGUGUGAAUGUGACUGGAGUAAAUGGAAGGAGGAAGAGAACGGUUGUUAUGACGCCUGGAGGUGGUCCGAUUGGAGGCUCUGCUGCUGUUAACCGUGGCUCUGGUCGAAACCGUCGUGGGGGUAUGAGUGCUCGUGGCCGUGCUUGGGGUCAAGGUCAGGGUCCAGCUCGGGGUCGGGGUGGGGGCCGUGGCAGAGGCCGAGGCCGAGGCCGGGGCCGUGGUCGUGAAAAUAAUCAAGCUGUUGAGAUGUCUGUUGAUGAUCUUAACGAUGACCUGGAUAGUUACCAUGCUGAAGCCAAGCACACUUGAAUCUUCAAGCUGUGAACUGCUCAGGAAUUAAACUUAUGAGUAGGAAAGUCAAUAUUAGCUUAUGUGAGCUGUACAAAUUGGUUUAUUUCUUUUGCGACUUACGUCCGUUUUGUUGCUUAAUGCUUUAGAUAUUUGCAUGCCCUGGCGUUAAUGAAGCUGUAUGACGAUUCUCAUUAGUUAGUUUAAUUUUUAUGCUUCCUCUCGUUAUUAAUUA